AUGUUAGAAGAAUACGCAGGCGCCAUAGGGAUCGACCUGGGUACAACGUACUCUUGUGUUGCCGUGUGGGAGAAUGAGCGCGUUGAAAUUAUCGCUAACGAACAAGGGAAUCGUACAACGCCCUCUUAUGUGGCUUUUGCCGAUACUGAACGUCUUAUUGGAGAUGCAGCUAAAAAUCAGGCGGCAAUGAACCCCCAAAAUACAGUAUUUGACGCGAAGCGACUAAUAGGUCGUCGUUUUGAUGAUCCUGAAGUAAAAGCUGAUAUGAAACAUUGGCCUUUUACUGUUAUCGAUAAAGAUGGAGCACCAUUAAUUCAAGUUGAAUAUCAAGGUGAACAAAAAAAUUAUACUCCUCAAGAAAUAUCGGCAGCGGUAUUGACUCGUAUGAAGGAAAUUGCUGAAGGAAAGCUUGGGAAAAAAGUUAAAAAAGCCGUGAUCACAGUUCCAGCGUAUUUUAAUGACUCUCAACGUUUAGAUGCUGGUACAAUCGCAGGUCUUGAUGUACUCCGAAUAAUCAAUGAACCUACAGCAGCGGCAAUUGCCUAUGGCCUUGAUUCUAAAGAGAGCCAAGAAAAAAAUGUACUUAUUUUCGACCUUGGGGGUGGGACUUUUGAUGUUUCUCUCUUAACGAUAUCGGGUGGAGUAUUUGCAGUCAAAAGUACUGCAGGCGAUACCCAUCUUGGAGGAGAGGAUUUUGAUAAUAACCUUCUUGAAUAUUUUAAGCAAGAGUUCAAACGUAAGCAUAAGAAUGACAUUUCUGAUGAUGCUCGUGCCAUACGCCGUCUAAGAACUGCAUGCGAACGUGCAAAACGAGCAUUAUCUUCAACAACUCAAACAAAUGUGGAAGUUGAUUCAUUGUAUGAUGGUAUCGAUUUUCAAGCUACUAUAACUCGUGCCAAAUUCGAAGAAUUAAAUUCUGCACAAUUUAAUUCCACCUUGGAACCAGUUCGAAAAGUUCUAAAAGACGCAAAAAUGGAAAAAAAGGACAUUAAUGAGAUUGUUCUUGUUGGUGGAUCUACUCGUAUUCCUAAAAUUCAAUCUCUUCUUCAAGACUUUUUUGAUGGAAAAGAAUUAAACAAAUCGAUUAAUCCAGAUGAAGCAGUUGCUUAUGGAGCUGCAGUGCAAGCUGCUCUUCUCACUAAUCAAGCAGGCAAUGAGAAAACUCAGGAUCUCUUACUUUUGGAUGUUGUACCGCUUAGCUUAGGAGUUGAAACUCAAGGUGGGGUAAUGGCUGUUGUUGUUCCCCGAAAUUCACCAAUUCCUACCCUUAAAAAAAAGGUAUUCACUACCGCUGAGGAUGGACAAACAAUUGUUGAAUUUCCUGUAUACGAAGGAGAACGACCAAUGUGUCAAGAUAACAACCUUCUAGGAUCUUUCGAAUUGUCUGGAAUCCCUCCAAUGCCGCGUGGAGAAGCUGAACUUGAAUGCACUUUUGACAUUAAUGCGGAUGGCAUACUUAAGGUCACUGCAAAAGAUAGAGCAACUGGCCGUAAAGCUAAUAUUACUAUUUCAAAUUCUGCUGGACGGUUAUCUGCAGCGGAUAUUGAACGCAUGGUCACUGAAUCAGAAAAAUUUAAAGAAGAUGACAAGAAAUGUCAGGAGCGAGUUGAAGCCAAGCAAGAACUCGAGAACUACGUCUACCAAAUUGAAAAUACGCUCAAUGAGCCUAAUGUUGCAAUGAAAUUAAAACGAAAUGAUAAGGAAGCAAUUGAAAAUGCCCUUUCAGAGGCACUCGAAUUUCUUGACCUUGCUAAUGAUGCGUCCAUCAAUAAAGAAGAAAUUAAUGCCACUAGAAAGAAAUUACAACGUAGUGUUACCCGUGCAUUCGCAUCACUUAAUCGUUGA